GCCAUCUGUGAGGUGAAACCCGUCGUCAUGGAGGCGGUCAAAGCUUUUAACAACGAGCUGUACUCGUUGAACGAGUACAAACCGCCCAUCUCCAAGGCCAAGAUGACCCAAAUCACCAAGUCUGGAAUCAAGGCUAUUAAACAGCUCUCCCAGCUCCCCCAAUGCACUGAAAGUGAAGCAGGAGGAUGGGGUGGAGAGAGUUACAAAGAAAUAAGAGAAUCCGUAACCAUCUUAGUUCUACAAACAUGUCGUCCAAAGUGUAGAGAAGUUCAUACAAAAGUGCAAACCAGAGUACAAAGUUCCGGGGCUUUAUGUCAUCGACUCUAUUGUCAGACAGUCCAGACAUCAGUUUGGGACCGAGAAGGACGUCUUUGCUCCACGCUUCAGCAAAAAUAUAAUUGUGACAUUUCAGCAUCUCUACCGCUGCCCUCCAGAUGACAAGAGCAAAAUUGUGCGAGUGCUCAACCUCUGGCAAAAAAAUGCAGUUUUUAAGAGUGAUAUUAUCCAGCCGCUGUUGGACAUGGCAGCAGGGCUUCCUCCUCCCAGUGUCACCCCAGUCAUGUCCAGCAGCGCGGCUCCCAUCAACAAUGCCACUCCAGGCACACCGGCCACUCCUGCCACACCCGCCAAUAUUGUUCAGGGUCUGCCGGACUGGGCUUCACAGAUCUCCAACACAGACACUGUCGCUGCUGUGGCCCAGAUCCUACAAAGUCCUCAGGGACAGCAGCUACAGCAGUUGGUGCAGAGUUUGCAGAUGCAGCAGCAGAAGCCCCAGCCUUCACUGCUGCAGGCUCUAGAUGCAGGUCUGGUGGUGCAGCUACAAGCACUGACGGCACAGCUUACUGCUGCAGCCACAGCCAAUACUUUGAACCCUCUGGAACAGAGGGUCUCCUCUUUUAACAAGAAACUUCUUGGUCCAUUUGACUUUGGAAAUGAUUCUGAGCGUAGUGACGAAUCUAAAAAAGAUACAUCAUCCCAACUGCCAAUAGUGUCAGAGCCCAGCUCUCUGUUCCAUCAGUUGGCCGAGCAGCUGCAGCAGCAGAACCUGGAGCAGUUUCAGAAGCAGCUCCUGGAGCACCAGCAGCACCAGAAGACAAUGGGUCUUGAAAGUAAAGACUUUGGCCAAGACAACAAUGUAGCAACUGCUCAGAGCAGCAGCCAGCCUCAGCAUUCUGAAUCUGAGAAGUUAGACGAUUCUAUCGAUAAUCAACAAGAGGAUAUGGAUCUAGAUGAGGGCCCAGAUGGAAUGGAAGAAGAGAUUGUAGAGACCGAAGAGAAGAGGCAUGUCAGCACUCGCUCAAGAACACGCUCUCGCUCUCGCUCUCGAUCUCCCAAAAGGAGAAGGUCCAGGUCGCGCUCAGGCUCUCGAAAGCGCAAACACCGAAGGCGCUCUCGUUCUCGCUCCCGAGACCGUAAGAGGAAAUCCUCUCGCUCCUAUUCCAGUGAGAGGAGAGCCAGGGAGAGGGAGAAGGAGAGACAGAAGAAAGGACUGCCUCCAGUUCGUUCCAAAACUCUUAGUGUGUGUAGCACAACUCUGUGGGUGGGCCAAGUAGAUAAGAAGGCAACCCAACAAGACCUUACCAACCUCUUUGAAGAGUUUGGACAGAUCGAAUCUAUAAAUAUGAUCCCUCCCAGAGGCUGUGCCUACAUCUGUAUGGUCCAUAGACAAGAUGCAUACCGUGCCCGUCAAAAACUCAGCACAGGCUCCUUUAAGAUAGGUUCUAAGGUCAUUAAGAUUGCCUGGGCCCUUAACAAAGGUGUAAAGCAGGAGUACAAGCAGUUCUGGGAUGUAGACUUGGGUGUUACCUACAUACCUUGGGAGAAAGUGAAGCUUGAUGACCUGGAUGGUUUUGCAGAAGGAGGAAUUAUUGAUCAGGAGACUGUAAAUGAUGAGUGGGAGGCUGCAAAGAAUGCAGAAACUGCUAAAGAAAGUGCACCUCAGCCUGUGGCUGUUGACACUACACCUCCAACCAACCCACAGGCAGAGAGCUUCAGCCAGCAGGUCACCAUGAUGCCUGUGCAGCUUCCUGUUGCCCCAGCUGUGCCCAGUGCAGUGGGUUUGGUGCCUCCUUCAUUUUCAGUGUCAAUGGGAAUCCCUCCUCCAGGCUUUGCCCCACCACCCUUCUUAAGGGCCGGGUUCAAUGCCACUCAGCCCCCUCCAGGGUUUUUACAAACAACACAGGCAACAGCACCUACAUCCCUUGUGCAACCUUCAGUCACUUCUAGUCAAGAUGGUGUUAAAGAUUCACCAUUUGGUGCACUGAUCCCUCCAAGCAGCACUAUUCCUGGGAACUUCAUGCCUUCAGCCAUCCCUGGAGCUGGUGUGUUUACCCCAAUGGGACUUCAGACGCAGCAAGCUGCUAAUGAGAAAGCUCAGUCUGAGGGCAUGGAUGCUGCUGCAGAGCUCACACUGCAGGGUAUGCAGAAUGCAGUGCGCAGUGGCAUGGGCCUCCUGGGCAUGCACCCCUCAGCGUCUCUCACUCACCCUGGUCUGUCACCACAGCGCCUCCCUGGGCUGCUGCCUUUAGAUGUGCGCCCAAACCUGCUCCCUGGAGCUGGGCGCUUCCCCCUUCUCAUGCAGCCGGGGCUUUUAGACGGCUCCCUACAGGCCCGACCCAGAGCACCCUUCUCCCAGUUGGACCAUUUUAAUAGAGCCCCCAAUCUUAAUAAUGAAAGUUUACCCAAAACAGAAGACGAGUCUUCCUCUGGGGCUGAUGAAGGGAAAGACCAAGACUACCGUUUCCCCCCCAUGGAGAAGCCGAGCACUGGGUUAUUGCGCACCCCUCCCCCAGAGCAGCGAGAGCCCCUGGGAGGCCCUGGUAGCGGGCGACCUCCCUUACUGCAGACCCCUGGUACACAGCCAGCCAGAAGCAGCCUAGUGGGCAGGCUACAGGCUCUAGCCGGCUUCACCCCUGAUAACCGCUGGAGUCAGACCAGAGGGGACUUUGACGAGCGUGAUCGCCCCACAUCAGCACAGAACUUCCCCAGUCGUUUUGACAACCGUCCUGGAGGGCCAAGUGGACCAACACAGCCCUGGAGCCGCGGAGCUGGUCCCUCUGCACCUUUUGACAGUGACCUCCACCAAGAUUUAGAUGAACGCAGGCGGCCGUGGGACAGACAAAGGGACCGGGACGAGCGAGACUUUGAUUUCAGAAGAGAGAUGAACGGUGGUCGUCACAGCCGAGAGCGAGACAGGGAAAGGGAAAGGGACAGAGACCGAGACAGAGACAGAGACCGAGAUAGAGACCGAGAUCGAGGUAGAGAGCGCCCUCGGGAGACCGAGCGCGAGAGGGACAAAGAGCGUGACAGAGACAGAGGGAACUGGACUCCCCUUCUGCCCUUGCCCACGCCUCUGCUUCCAACUCCACCACUCAAUCCAAACCUGGCUCUCAACCCAGGCAAAAUGUUAACACCUCUGAAAUUAAACCCUCAGAUUCCACCACGCUUCCAGUCCCCUCCACUGGUCCAGGCCAGGCCCCCACUCCUGGGCCUCAAUCAGCCACAGCCUUUAGUUCCAACCAAAUCCCCCCCUUCAGCACAGAGCCAGGAGCCUGCAUCAGAGCCACCGGAGGAGAGAGCAGUUUCCCCAGUGCCUCAAAACCAGUCUCCUGCUCUCCCACAAUCUCCUGCUCUUACACAAUCCCCUGCCCUCCCACAAUCCCCUGCUCUAUCCCCGGAGAAUCCAGCUCCUUUGAGUCAGUCUUCAGACUUUGUCCCGUCACCGUCUGAGUCUGAGACCCCUCUGCAGACAGUGUCACCGGCUCGCCCAGUCACCCUGUCCCCUCCAACCAUAGGUUCUCCAGAAAGUCCAGCCCUGGUUCAAGCCUCUUCCCCUCCCACAGAGGCGUCCCAGGAGGCAUCCCAAGAGGCGUCCCAAGCGGCGUCCCAGGAGGCCUCCCAGGGAACGUUCCAGGAGGCAUCCGAGGAGGCAUCCCAGGACUCGUAUGUGACGGGCCUGUGUGAGGAGACCAACCCCUCUCUAAAGGAGGACACCAUGCAGGAGGAGCACUCCCAGGAUGAUGUGGGCUCCCCCCCGCCCUCCUGGGAGAAUGGACCUGGUAUGGACACUAGCAUGGCUGAAUCCACAGCAGAGUCCACUGCAGAGCUCUGCACUGACUCUGCGCCCACUAGAGGUGAAGAGCAGCAGGAGCAGCCUGGCUCUCCUGAGGACAUAGUGAAUAAUGCACAGAGUGAGUCCACGGAGGAAGCUGCCAGUCAGCCUGUGCUAGACUCUGUCCCAGACACUGAGGGGACAUAAUCAUCACUCAGUAGGUACAAGAUCAUUUUGUAAAGCGUUUCUCUUCUUCUCUGUACUCAUGUCAACAAACUCCCAGCACCUCCAACACACUGGACAUUACAGCUGAUGAUUAUUGACUAUUUUAAUUCACCAAUGCCAGUGUACCUAAACGGAAGGCUCAAUAGCAUACUAGAAAAAAUGUAUUUUAUUUUAUUUCUUUUUAGUUAAAAUUACCCCACACAUUUUAAUUGACCUAAAGCGUGGUGACUUUUAUUGAAUAGCCUGCUAAUGUUUUAAUUGUAUAUGGGGGAAUUGAGCUUUGACCUUCCUAUGGAAGAAAUGUAGAAAUUCUGGUUCCCACAAUGGAUUUAAUAGACUUCACUCAGUACUUGAACAGAGCGGUUUUAGUGAGAUUCUCUUCUGUACAGUGCUGCUGCAAAGGUCUGCAAUGAAUGCGCUUGUGGUGUCCACUAUUUUUCUUUACAACUUCUACACACAAAAACUAUUAGUGCAGAUGUUAAAAUUGGAGCAAGAAAAUUUUUGAAUGUUGUAUUCUCAAUAUUGACAUGUAAUCUGUUUCUGAUCAAACCUGAAAUCAUGACAGGAAGGACUGAGCAGCAGUAUGUUUUGGAUUAUGAUGCAUAUUGUUUUGGUCUGAAAUAAAUGCUUUGUCUGUUUCAACACA